CCAGCUUCUACGCCCUAUUUCUUCGCCAUGGAUCCGAAUCGGCAGUCCUUCCAGCUUCCCGUUCCUCCUCCCCCUCUCCACACACGAUCCAGCGAGAUGGGCCGUCCAGGAACACCUCUACAAGAGGCCUUCACCAGCCCACAGCAGACUCCACAGGGCAGUCCUAGCAAGCACCAUCAGCCUCCCGGCGCAUUUGAUCUGCCGAAUGUGUUUGAGAAUGCAAUGAGGCUGCUCCCUACGCUGGGCUCUCCAUCCAAGUCCAAGCCGGGCACGCCAACUUCCCCCAACAAGCUGGCCCUGAACACGGCUGACGAGGGCGAUUACUCUGCGCAGGAUCUUACCACUCUCGGGCCUGGAAGUCCCACGCGCAAGGCAAACAAGGAGAAUACACCUCCGGGGUCGCGACCUGGCUUGCAGAAGGACUCCAGCUAUGUAACUCAUGCUGCACAGUCACGCAAGGAGCCCUACAGACCACGAGAGGCAGAUCAAUCCCAACGAUACUACCCAGGCCCACAGCGUCUCUCUCCAGAAGAACUAGAAAAGGCGAGGAAGCCAGCUGUCAAACGCCUAGCAAACGUGACCCAACUUUAUUUCCUGGAUCAUUACUACGACCUCCUCAGCUAUGUACAUACCCGCCAGACUCGCCUUGCUCAAUUCAAGGCCCAGAAUCCCCCGCCGCCCGAGACGCCCGAAGACGCAUACAACGACGCUUUGACACAAUACCUCGGUCGAGAGCGAGCCAAUUUACGCAAGCGCCGUACCCGCUUACGACAAGGUGACUUUCAAAUUCUCACACAAGUCGGCCAAGGUGGUUAUGGACAAGUCUACCUGGCACAAAAGAAGGAUACGCGUGAAGUAUGCGCUCUGAAGGUGAUGAGCAAGAAGUUGCUGUUCAAGCUCGAUGAAGUUCGACACGUCUUAACUGAACGCGAUAUCUUGACAAGUGCGAAGAGUGAAUGGCUCGUACGGUUGCUGUAUGCCUUCCAAGACGAAAAGAGCAUCUAUCUCGCAAUGGAAUACGUCCCUGGAGGUGAUUUCCGUACUCUUCUGAAUAAUACCGGCGUUCUGCACAACCGCCAUGCUCGUUUCUACAUUGCAGAAAUGUUCUCAUGUGUAGACUCUCUGCAUCAGCUUGGAUACAUUCACCGCGACCUCAAACCCGAGAAUUUCCUCAUUGACAGCACUGGCCAUGUCAAGUUGACCGAUUUUGGACUUGCUGCAGGAAUGCUUGCGCCUGCUAAAAUUGAGUCGAUGCGAAUCAAAUUAGAGUCUGUUGGCAAUAUAGUCUCUCCUUUUGGGCGGCCCAUGGAAGAGCGAUCCGCUGCAGAACGUCGCGACAACUAUCGAUCACUCCGCGAGAGGGAUGUGAAUUACGCGAAGAGCAUAGUUGGCAGUCCUGAUUAUAUGGCACCUGAAGUGUUGAAGGGCGAAGAAUACGACUUCACAGUAGACUAUUGGAGCUUGGGCUGCAUGCUUUUCGAAGCGUUGGCCGGCUAUCCACCUUUUGCGGGAGCUACUGUAGACGAAACCUGGCAGAACCUCAAACAAUGGAAGAAGGUGUUGCGCAAACCGGUCUACGAAGAUCCCACAUACUUCCUUUCCAAGCGAACAUGGGAUCUUAUUACUCGAUUAGUUGCAUCAAAGACCUCUCGUUUCCGGGGAAUUUCGGAAAUCCACGCGCACCAGUACUUUGCAGAGGUGGAUUGGAAUCAACUGAGAGACAACAAGGCUCCUUUUGUUCCUGAACUGGACAGUGAGACCGAUGCCGGAUACUUUGAUGACUUCGGAAGCGAGGCCGACAUGGCCAAAUACAAGGAGGUACACGAGAAGCAAGCCGCACUGGAGGCCAUGGCCGACCGUGGCGACAAGAUGGGCAAGGGCUUGUUUGUUGGGUUUACGUUCCGCCACAAGAAGACGACUGACGAGAACGGCAAACCGUCGUCUCCUCGAAAAGCGCUACCCUCCGUUAGCGAAAACUUCGAUACCAUUUUUUAA